AUGGUUUGCGUGAUCCGCUACGGCAAUCUCGCGGUGGACGACGUCCUCAGCAUGUCGCGAGCCAGCUCUGGGCUCCGUCAGGCUCUCGACCACGAGAUCAUCUGGAAAGAGGCAUUCCUCCACGAAUGGGGCUCCAUCAUCAACGACUACGAAUUGACAGUGCCAGUGGCAAUGUACCACCAGGCGUGUGUCUCGUUUGCUUGCCGCAGAAACACGCUUGUGCAGAGGAUACAUAACUCCACCAUCCGCUCCAACAAGGAGAUGAGUGCCUUCCUCGACCGCCACAUGCACCUUCACGACUUCGUGGUGGCCCUCAGGCUCUACAAAGACGCCGAGCACCAGUUGCUUCUGGAGUCCCCGGUGGACUUCAAGCUCUUGCACGUGGUCAACACGUUGAUCAUCCGACACAACUACUCGAUAGCCAUCAACUGGGUCCACCAGCAUCUCCACAACCUCGAGUUCGACCACGAUUAUGAGCAAUUCUGGUUCAAAAUCGGCCACUUCGGGAAGUCGUUCCACAAGUACGUCCACCUAAGACACCGGGUGUUGUCCCGCAUCCGAAGAAGAGCACACUCCGAGAUCACCCACAAUAUCCUCUACAACGGAUCCAACCCCAAAAUCCGACUCGAAAACUCAACCAUCUAUUUUGCCAGUAACGAGGCAUUCAUAAAAUUCAUGAAAACAUUUGCAUCUGUGAUCUUGGACUCUUUGGAAUUCGAGCCACCCGUGUUAAGUGGCUACAGCGUUUCCCCUGACCAAGGCCAUACUAUUCUAAGCAUCUACUCUGGAAUUGAGUGGGGUGAGUCCACGGUAUUGUACGCUAUAAUGGUCAAGAUAUUUCGAGAGAUUUUGGAUAAGUAUAAUAUCAAAGUAGGUGACCAACAAGCCAGUCCAUUUACAGCACACAUCACAGCUCAGUUCAUUAGGGUGCACGACUACUACUUGGGGCUCGAAAAGAACCCUCUAACUAAUAUAAACGAUGUACCAGUGAUGAUGAGCAGUGCAACUUACAAACGCUUCUUGGCAAGAACUAUGAAUAUCAGUAUCAGAGAUGAUAAACUUGAGCCAUUCGUCAGCCCAAUCCGGUUUUCACACCUAGUUGAAUACUACAAACUGGCAAACCUUCAGUUUGGUAUACCAGAGGAACAAUUUGAAGGAGAUGAUCCUUUAUUUAUAGAUGUCAAAACCCAACAAGAAUUGAAUUUUAUCAAGACUUUGUUGAGAUUCUUGAGUUUGAAGCAAGUAAGUGGAUACACGACAUACUUGUUCUGUUUGGAGUUAUACCUGUGCUUGAAGGAGCUCAACAAUGCGAUCCACAUACUGACAUUGAUGGAGCUAUACGCCUCGCAGGACUUGUGCGUAUUGCAGGAGUACCUCGUAAUGAGUGAUGCCAGAUAUGAGUAUACCAAUGGGAUUUCAGAGCGUUUCAAAUCAGGGUGUUUGGUCUACCAUGAUGAAAAGGAAGAUAUUGGAAUUUUCAUCAAAUAUAAACUGCUAACCUAUGCCAAGAUUCUCCGGCUAGGCUCUCGCUGGGAUGAGGUGAUCCAUGAGGUUGACCUAGAGCUCUUCAUGCCAAGUUCGGCUCAAAAAUUACUAACAUACCGUGAAUUUGGGUUUGAUAUUCUUGGGUUAUACUUUAAGGACAUUGAUAACAAUAUGGAAUUAAUUCCGUACAAGAAAGACGAUAUUGAAGACUACACUUUUAGAUAG